GUGUAUCUCUUGAACGUUUGACGACCAUUGGUUCUUCAACCAAGCCGCGUGAGCAAUUGCGCGCGAACCCGGUCGGGGGCAACUAGACGCUGCAAGGGUCAGCAUGUCGCCCACUGUUGAUGCUUAGCUUACUUAUAGACCAACCUCAGAUCAACGACAGAGCAGCGUAUCUGGCCAUCUCGCGUAAAAAGAAAUUUCGUACGACGCCAGGAGCAAUCUCCCGCGCUGCCUACUUAUAGUCAGCUUCACGAGGGGUAAUGUAUACUCACUCGCUCACUUGCUGCACAUACAUCAGCAGAAAUGGCGUUUGCUCUGGCCACCUCCCGCAAGGCUCUGCAGGUCACCUGCAAGGCGACCGGCAAGAAGACCGCUGCCAAGGCUGCUGCUCCCAAGAGCUCUGGCGUUGAGUUCUAUGGCCCCAACCGCGCCAAGUGGCUGGGCCCCUACUCUGAGAACUCGACCCCCGCCUACCUGACUGGCGAGUUCCCCGGCGACUACGGCUGGGACACUGCCGGUCUGUCGGCUGACCCGGAGACCUUCAAGCGCUACCGCGAGCUGGAGCUGAUCCACGCCCGCUGGGCUAUGCUGGGCGCCCUGGGCUGCCUGACCCCCGAGCUGCUGGCCAAGAGCGGCACCAAGUUCGGUGAGGCCGUGUGGUUCAAGGCCGGCGCCCAGAUCUUCUCUGAGGGCGGCCUGGACUACCUGGGCAACCCCUCUCUGGUGCACGCCCAGAACAUCGUCGCCACCCUGGCUGUGCAGGUCAUCCUUAUGGGCCUGAUUGAGGGCUACCGCGUCAACGGCGGCCCGGCUGGCGAGGGCCUGGACCCCCUGUACCCCGGCGAGUCGUUCGACCCCCUGGGCCUGGCUGACGACCCCGACACCUUCGCUGAGCUGAAGGUGAAGGAGAUCAAGAACGGCCGCCUGGCCAUGUUCUCCAUGUUCGGCUUCUUCGUCCAGGCCAUCGUGACCGGCAAGGGCCCCGUCCAGAACCUGGACGACCACCUGGCCAACCCUGGUGUGAACAACGCCUUCGCCUUCGCCACCAAGUUCACCCCCUCCGCGUAAAGCUAUUGCGGUUUGUUGCUGGGGCUCGUAGCCUACGAGGAUGCUGAGGAUAAUAAGGGCAUUCGCGCGUGUGUGCAGUCUAUUCGGAGCGAGCAACGCUAGCCCUUGAGGCUAGUGGCUAACGCUGGGUGCACAGUAUAUUGUGUGAUGUACUGCGAGCUAUACACUGCCACAUGCACACACACAAUGUUGUGCCUUCAAUUUUGACAUACAGCUGACAUUGGCUGGAUUUGUACUCAUGUUACUUUUUGUACCAUAACGCGGUUAUUAAGGCGGUGGUGAGGUAGUGGUGCGGAGCACGGAAGAGAGGACACAGACACAAGAGUGCCCCCAUGUGGGAGUGCAGCGCAAGCGCGUGCAUAACACGUCUUGUUGUAACCAUCACGUACAAUGUUCAUGGCUGCCCAGCGCACGGAUGCCCCGCUGGAGCACUGCGCACUUAUCAGCAACGGACAGGUGGCGGUGUGCUUGGAUUGUCAGCUACCGUAUUAGCGCUACCGCGUCCUUCCCAGACUCUCCUGCAGUGUGCUACGCAGGAGCUGCACCACCCAACCCCGUCAUGCGGGCGCUUGUUGGCGUGUUGCCAGACCUGGUAGCCCCUGCCAGAUCCAGGCCAAGUGUUAGGCGGGGACGCACUCCUGCAGGGGCGUCCCUGUGCAGUUCGCGUGGCUGACAGAUGGUCCUGCUGGCUGCUGGAAGCAUGUUUCGAGGCGUGUGGAAGCCUGGGCGCUAAGCAGGAUGCUGCAUGGGGGCGUGGCGGGCCUGGCGCGGGUAGGUGCGGGCCUGUUCGGGUAGCCGAGGCACAGUCAGGGCCCCGUGUCACUGCACGGCCUGGCGCACCUUUGCCGGUAUUAUAUUGCAAGCGGAGUCGCACACCUGCACGGUUACUAUCGCAUUCACGCAUCGCAUGCGGGCGGCAGCAAGGGAUGGGAAGAGGAUGCGCGGAUGUCUGGGCAAGUAGCAUACUCCCGGUUGCCCGCGUUCAUUUACGCUGUGUGGCCCAUGGCAUGUAGCAAAGCCUCACGACGCACCGGCCGCUUGACCUGGCAGCCCUGGCGGCCCCUGACGGCUCCAGGCCGUCCUACACGCAGCACGCAGGAGCACGCACACCCCUUGGGUGCCUGGAGCACCAGGGGCGAGCAUCGCUUACCGCGGUGCUGUCUGCUGUGCGCUGCCUUGAGGGACUUGCAAAGUGAAUGGCCGGAUUGCUUCGCAGGUUUCGCGCGGGGGGGCUGUACUUUUGGGCGAAAUCGGUCUCAUCCGGGCCCCCGGCGAGCACUGCACAGCGAAUGGUGCAACGAAUUGUACAGCCCCGCUUUCGCCCCCUCUAGACCUUCCACAGAGUGUUUAGUCCCCGAUUAUGCCAUGGUUAUCCCGGGGCGGGAGCGGCGGCGUGUUUGCGGUGGGAGAGGGGGCGAGGGGGGGAGCCGGGGGGAGUGCAGACAGGUUCGCGAGGUCGCCGAGGCCCCGCGCCAACUUGCGCUGCGUAGACCUCGAUUAGCAGAUGCUAUUUUAGCCUUUUCCAAGCACUUACAAGCUCUGUAUUUUCCGUGUACUUUUCGCGUGUGCAAUUCGGCGCGAAGCCGAAAAUCAUGCGAUUGACCCUGUACCGUGUACUUUUGCCCCGCGCGAUGGCUCCCAGAACCGGCCAUUCACUUUGCAAGUCCCUGUAAGCACAUACAUGC